GUCAACAUGACCAUCAACAACAUCAUCAUCCCAUCUCCUGACCCCUGAAGCAUAAGAUCCAUUUUAUGCUCCCCAAUGCACAGCUGACUCAUCACCGCCCUCAACUGCCUGACUUGACAAACUCACUAACCAAUUCACUAACGAGCCUAGACUGAAACGCCCGCAUCGCUACGGAAUUACAGGGGGAGGCUAAGGGUAAAUAAUAGGCUUGCGCAAUGAAAUCCAGAAUUAUUAUUAUGGUUAAUAUUUCCAGCUCCGAAAUGUUGUCCCCUUUCCCUCAGCUCCAGUCAUCAUCAUCACAAGGAUUCGCCGGUCUUGAACUUUAUUCCGAGCUGACUGACUCCUAACGAAUUUACGUGGUUCUGGUGAGAUGAGUCGCAUGCAGAACGGCCAAUUACCAAUUUCCCUGAAGAGGCCAAGCGAAGAAAGUUCCACUCACUCGGAAGAUACUACGGUGCACAAGUACAACUACAACCAUCACAGCAGCGAUUCUAAUAAUAAUAACAACCCUCCCGAUAUUGAAAAAUGUCAGCCCUACCGGGGGUAUAGGCGACACGAUGAUCACGAUGACGAUGACAAUGACAAUGACACGGAAAUUCUGAGCAAUGCUAGUGGUGAUAGCAGUAUUAGUAGUAGAUAUGGACGACAAAGGUCACGGGUGGUGAUGAAGCUCUACGCGGCGUCUUAUGUCGCUUUUGCCAUUCUGUCGUUCUUCUCUGCCGCUUAUUACUUUUUGUGCUGGAUGCCGUUGAUCCAUUCCCGGGCCGUCAUCGGUGAUGCGCAAUAUCCAGAACAACCUGUUUACACAAUUGAUCGAGGGGAUGCGCAUAUCAGUCGAUACUCAGAACAAAACCCAAUACGGACUCCUAUGCAGCGGGAUACUCGACUGAUACUACACUUCACCUGGCUGGAAGACGCCCGGAGUGGGCAGAAUAUCCAACUUACACUUUUAUACAUAUACCUCUCGGUAUAG